AUGGUGUUUGUGUUUCAAGAAAACUUGAAUUCUGUUAUCCUGUGUGAUGAAGAGAAAUCAAUUCAAGAAGUCCUCUCAUUUCUGAUAGUUCUUGCUGAAAGAGUGAUCACUGCAGCUCAAGAAGCCGGAUCUUUCACUCCCGGAAACCUUAGAAUCUCCGGCCAAGUGACUGAUAUUUGCAAGCUUCUCCGCCCCCUCGCCCGCCUCUCCGCCACCACCGCUCCCGCCGUGUAUGACCGCCCCAUCCGCCGCGUAUGCCAAGGCCUGACCAAGGCCCUCGACCGCGCCUUGACCUUUGCUCGUCGCUGCCGGAAUGAGAAGACCAGCUUCCUCCACCAAAUCCUCUCCAUCAACAUAGCAGCUGACUUCAAGAAGGUAACCUCCUCCCUUGAUUCUUUUCUAGCGGAUCUUCGAUGGCUCCUCGCUAUCUACAAUCGCGACACGUUUGAUGUUGGAACGCUGUCGCCUAUUGCAACUACUGACCCGAUCCUGGCCUAUGUCUGGCCUGCCAUAGCUUCUUUGCAUAUGGGGCGGGGCGAGGGGGCGGCUCAGCUCGCGGAUUGCACGAAUAUGAAUGAGAGGACUAAGAAUGUGAUAGUGGAUGAGGUUGGGAUUCCUCCACUUUUGAAGAUGUUGUGUGGAUGUGGCAGCGUUGAUGCGUAUGGUCCGGCUGCUACGGCUCUGUAUAAUCUGGCGGAUGAUCGGUUUAGAGUGGCUGUGAUCAGAGAUGCUGGUGGCAUUGGUGCGAUAGUGAAGGCGAUGGCGAAGGGUCCACCUGCCAGGGUCCAGCUUGUGUUGGUGGAGUUGGUGUUGAGGAUGUUGGAAAUGUCUGAUGAUGUGCAGGAAGAGUUUGGGGCAGAGGAUUUGGCAAUGCAUUUGGUAGCCCUAUUGAGUGUUGAUGUGGAUUUGGAUGAGUUUCUUGAUUUGAAUUACCUCAAGAGUAGUAGUGUUGGUGAAGAGUGCGUUAGGAGUGAUAAGGAAAGGGAGAGGGAGAAAGAGGUGGUGGUGCCGCCCGAGGUGAAGUGUAGGCUCAAGAUAAACUGCGCGAUUGCUCUGUGGAAGCUGGCACGACGAAGCUUGGUGAAUAGUCGAAACAUCACCGACACGAGGGCGUUGCUAGUUUUAGAGAAGAUCAUCAAGAAAGAGCAAGGGGAGCUCAAGAAGAAUUGCUUGAAAGUAGUUGCGGAGUUGGCUGAGGUGGCAGAGUCCAACUCAGACCUCAAACGCACCGCGUUUAAGCUGACCUCCACGCCCGCAAAGGCAGUGUUGGAGCAGCUGUUGAAGGUGAUGAGUGAGGAGAGGAAUGCCAACAUGGUGACUCUGGCGGUCAAGGCAGUCGGGUGCCUAGCAUCCAUGUUUUCAGCAAAGGAGAAGCGUGUCGUACGCUGCUUGGUGGCUAAACUUGGCCACUUAGACCGCGGGGUUGCUGAUGAGGCGGCUAGGUCUCUAAGCAAGUUUGUCUGCAUUAGGAAUUACAAUCGGAAGGAGCAUGCUGAGGCGAUCAUCGAAUAUGAUGGGGUGCCGAUGUUGAUGAAUCUGUUGAGGAAUGAUCGAGGUCAUUUCCAUUUGCAGUUGGACAUGCUCGUGCUUUUGUCCAACCUCGCUGUAAAUGCUUGUAGCACGAGGGUGCUCGAGGAGGCCUGGGUUCUAAGGGCGCUAGAGGACGCGGCCAAGAAUGUCGUCUCCCUACGGCCCGACCUGAAAGAACUAUUUGCUAAUGCUAUACACCAACUUGUCAUCUAUCAGGUUGGAGUAGUACCAAACGCUGAGACUUGGGAGGCUUAG